CUUUUGUUCCUCCUUCCUCAUCUUUCUCCCCCCUUCUCGGCUCUUUGGAAUGUGGGGCUUAUGUCAGUGAGAGUCAGGUACAGACUCACUAAUUGCCACUGCCCUUCCUCCCUCCAUCCCUCCCUCCUUCUUUCUCCCGCUGUAGCGCUCUCCUUCAACUCUGUCACCUCCUGCUCUCUCCUCCACUUUGAGACCUUGUGCUCUCCCCCUUUCUCCUGUCUCCUGCUGUUACGUCUACAAGUGUUGUCGUGACUGGAACAGAGGAGAGGACAAACAGAGAGGAUCUGAGUCAGAAACUGAAAAAAACCCCAAAAGGAGAAGAGAAACUCUGACUUGUCCUGUCUUACUGUGACUGGUGGUUUGUGUGUCUGGUCAAAGUUUCUGAGACCUUCUCUUGUUGUGCUUUUGGGGAACCUGUCACUGAAGGCACCUUGACAGACGACAAGAGGUCGCUGAGAACCUGACAGACUCUAUAGAAGAGCUGAGGAAGAUGAGUGAGUGACAAGUACGAUUUGCUGCUUGAGAGUGGAGAAAGAAGAACCGAAAGUGACACUUCAACUUGGCAUCCCAUCAUCCUGCAGUUCCCCAAACUGAUUGGAUGGUUUAGUCAGAAUGACAGCUGAGGAUCCUGCUGCUUCUUCAACAAUGAGCAAUAACGCUGCCCAUGCUAAACCCUCCGCUGCUUCCCACCAUUCUCUCCACGGACACAUCAACAUCCCAGAGGGUGUUGCAGGAGCCUCCAAUGAAGCUGCACUGGUGACCUUGAUGGAGCGCACUGGCUACACUAUGGUGCAGGAAAAUGGUCAACGCAAAUAUGGCCCUCCUCCUGGCUGGAACGGCCCAUCUCCUCCUCGAGGAUGUGAAAUCUUUGUUGGGAAAAUCCCAAGAGACGUUUAUGAGGAUGAGUUAGUCCCAGUGUUUGAGUCAGUAGGCCGCAUCUACGAAAUGCGUCUGAUGAUGGACUUCGAUGGCAAAAACAGAGGGUAUGCAUUUGUGAUGUACACAGAGAAACAUGAGGCUAAAAGAGCUGUGCGGGAGCUAAAUAACUAUGAGGUGCGGCCUGGUCGGCUGUUGGGGGUCUGCUCUUCUGUGGAUAACUGCCGUCUUUUCAUUGGUGGCAUUCCCAAGACAAAGAAGCGUGAAGAGAUCCUGGAGGAAGUCUCCAAAGUGACAGAAGGGGUAUUAGAUGUCAUAGUUUAUGCCAGUGCAGCAGACAAGAUGAAGAACCGAGGCUUCGCCUUUGUAGAGUACGAGUCGCAUCGGGCAGCUGCUAUGGCCCGCAGGAAGCUGAUGCCUGGCCGAAUUCAGCUGUGGGGCCACCAGAUCGCUGUGGACUGGGCUGAACCAGAAAUCGAUGUAGAUGAAGAUGUGAUGGAGACGGUGAAGAUCCUCUACGUUAGAAAUCUAAUGAUGGAGACAAAUGAAGAGACAAUCAGACAGAUCUUCAGCCAGUGGAACCCUGGAUGUGUCGAGCGCGUAAAAAAGAUUCGUGACUAUGCUUUUGUCCACUUCACAUCACGGGACGAUGCUGUGCUGGCAAUGGACAACCUGAAUGGCACAGAGAUUGAGGGGUCCUGCAUCGAGGUGACCCUCGCCAAACCGGUAGAUAAAGAGCAGUACUCCCGCCAGAAGGCGUCCAAGGGGGCAAUUCCUGCCACUCCAGAAGCCACUCAGCAGCAGAACUACGUUUACCAGUGUGACCCCUACACAUUGGCCUACUAUGGUUAUCCCUACAGCACCCUCAUUGGACCAAACAGGGACUACUUUGUGAAAGGAACCCCAAUGAUACUGAACAAUGCAGGUACUGUGAGAGGUCGUGGCCGUGCCGCUGCAGGUAAUCGUACCCCUGGACCGCGAGGGUCAUACCUUGGGGGUUACUCUGCUGGUCGUGGCAUCUACAGCCGCUAUCACGAGGGCAAGACCAAGCAGCCCGAAAAGCCCUAUGAGCUGAUGAACAGUCUGGAGCUUCCUGCCUCCGUCAACCCAGUUGGCAUCAAACCUGGCACAAUGGCUUUACCUGCUCUGGGUGCCCAGUACCCAGUGUUCAGCCCCACUCCUGCACCCAAACUGAUGGAGGAUGGAAAGGUGCACACAGUGGAGCAUCUCAUCAACCCUUUGGCCAUUCAACACCCAGAACACACCACUGCUGCUGCCGCCACAGUCCUACCUGCAGUGUCCACUCCUCCUCCCUUCCAGGGCCGUCCCAUCACUCCUGUUUAUGCCAUGGCUCACAACGUUCAGCGCAUUCCCACAGCCGGUGGCCUGUAUGGACCCGGCUUCGUCCCCAUCACAAACUACACGGCCAACACAGCUGCUCUGGCUGCCCUGCAGAAAAACGCAGCCAUGACCGCUGCAGCAUACGGAGGUUAUGCCGGCUACGCCGUGCCGCAGGCCUUCCCUGCAGCCGCCUUUCAGCUGCCCCUCCACGACAUCUACCAGACAUACUGAUCCUGACCAAGACACCAGGGUGUGACUGAACGACAUCUCAACAGUGCCUGUUCCUCAAAACAUCUCUCGGACUCGAGUUCUGAAGGAAUUUGUAGCAAACAUUAGGAGCAAAGAAGUGACAUCCAGACUUCUCCAGCUCUCGUCCCCGUGAACCCAGAAAGGUGUCAGUGCGGUUAGAUAUAAUGACAGGUUUUUACCAUAGAUAUAUUCUCACAAAAACACAGUGUACACAUCCUCUUCUCCAACGAAAGCAUGGCUCCACCAUUUUGUUGCUAUGGCAACGGGAACACUGAAGGUACAUUUAAGUAUUUAUGACGAGAAGAUGCGUAUUUAAGAUUUUAUUCUUUGUAGGUCUCUCAUUUAUUUGUGAUGGUAUUAGUUUUUUCCCCAAAAUAGACCUUUACACUGCCUUUCAAGUGUAAAAACGAGACAACAA